UUGAUCCCGCCCUCUCUUUGAUAGAAAACUCGGUGAUGUCGCUUCGUCUUUAACGAGCUUGACCCAGAACCCAGGGAAGGAGGGGAAGAGAGGGGAGAAAACACAAAAAAAACCCGGAGUAGUCUGUAAGGGGUCGGGGCAGGCUUUCCACGAGCAGUCCAUUCCUCACUGUUUCUGGCCUUGGUGGUUCAGUGACCUUCUCACCCAUGAGCAACUAGAGCUCAACCUCUGACCUUGGCGUGAUCUCUCACCUCUACUACCAAACCACGGCCACAGGUGAAGUGUGUAUGGAGCAGUGUGAGAGCGCAGCGGCUCUGCUGGAGUCGGUCAGGGAGCAGGAGGUGCAGUUUGAACAGCUGACCCGGGCGCUGGAGGAGGAGAGGAGGAGAGUGGGCCUCCCCGCUACCAGCCCCUCGGCCCUGGGUCGCCCCCUCCCCCACACACAGAACGGGCGUUUAGGGGAUGCAGACAUAGAACGACUGAAACUGACCGACUCAUACAUAAACGGCGCACAGUACAGAAUGGUGGACCCUGCACACGGCGCUCUAGAUGAGAGCUACACACCAGAGGACGACUCCCAGGAAGUGCACUCAGUCUUUUCUGAAGAGGGAACAGCAAGACGGCCUGACAAUGGGAUGAAGAAACCAAUCUCGCGCACAGUCCUGCCCUCUGACUCUAUGUCCAUUGACGGGGGCUUGUCUGUGUCCGGGAUGGGCGGCUACAGCGCCACACUGGACCGUCCUUACAGGCAGGCUGGAGCAGGAGACUACCCCACAGCCACAGUGCCCAGAAACUACCACUAUAUCCCUGUAGGGGGUUACGAUGACUACCGGGGAGGCCCACCAUCAGAGGCAUACACUAGCCUGAGCAGGGGCUCACACAUGGAUGACCGCUACAGGCCAGUUGAUGGCUACAGGACCCUGGACUCUGGCUACCGGGCCCCAAGCCGUCAGCAGCUUGACCCAUAUGCAGCACAGCCCCAGGUGAGCCGGGGAAUGAGGGCCCUGGGCUCAGCAAUGGAGAUGCGGUAUGGCCACGGCCACUAUGGUCUGGAGGAUGACCAGCGCAGUGUGGGAUAUGAUGACUAUGGCAUGGGGCCUCCACCCAUACACCCUGGAGGCUACGGUACUAUGCCACGCCUAGGGCCCGGCCCCGGGGGUAUGGACAGACGAAGACUCAGGAGCUGUGAGGAUACUUUGGAUGGUGACAUGGGAGGAGUUGACCCUUAUACCUGGGGCGUUCCCAUGACGAUGGAGAGGGGGAGCAUGGCUUCACUGGACAGCACACUGAGGAAGGGUCCUCCCGCUUCAUGGAGACAGCCGGAGCUGCCGGAGGUCAUAGCCAUGUUGAACUACCGUCUGGACCCUGUCAAGACCAACGCUGCCGCGUUCCUCCAGCAUCUCACUUUCAAAAAUGAUAAGGUUAAGUCAGAUGUGCGUCGCCUGAAGGGCAUUCCGUCCUUGGUGUCAAUGCUGGACCACCCCAGCAAGGAGGUGCACCACUCGGCCUGUGGAGCACUAAAGAACAUUUCAUAUGGGCGAGACCAAGACAACAAGAUCGCCAUCAAAAACUGCGACGGAGUGCCCGCUCUGGUCAGGUUACUGAGAAAAGCCCGCGACCAGGACCUCACUGACACCAUCACAGGCACUUUGUGGAACCUCUCUUCCCACGACUCAGUCAAGAUGGAGAUUGUGGACCACGCCCUGCACGCCUUAGCUGACGAGGUGGUCGUUCCUCACUCUGGCUGGGAGCAAGGGAACAACGGAGGAGAGGAGAGCUGCAAACCACGACAUCUGGAGUGGGAGACCGCCUUGACCAACACUGCUGGCUGCCUUAGGAAUGUGAGUUCAGAACGCAGCGAGGCCAGGCGAAAGCUGAGAGAAUGUACAGGAUUGGUGGAUUCACUCAUGUACAUUGUCCAAUCACAGAUCAACCGCAAAGAUGUGGAUAAUAAGUUGGUGGAGAACUGCGUCUGCCUCCUGAGGAAUCUGUCCUAUCAUGUUCACCGUGAAGUCCCGGGCAGCGAGCGCUACGCAGAGACCACGCCUCUCAACCAGGGGCCGGCCCCUGCUAACAAAGGCGGCUGCUUUGGCUCUCGAAAGGGCAAAGAUGAGUGGUUUUCCAAAGGAAAGAAGGAUGGAGAUGAUGGGAAUGGAGAUCAGGUUGACAUUCCAAAGAGGACAACACCUGCCAAAGGUUACGAGCUGUUGUUCCAACCAGAGGUGGUUCGUGUUUACACAUCGCUGCUCAGAGAGAGCAAGAACCCCUCGGUGCUGGAGGCUGCUGCCGGCGCCAUCCAGAACCUGUGUGCCGGCCGAUGGACUUAUGGUCGGUAUAUCAGGGCCACUGUGCGUCUGGAGAAGGGUCUUCCCAUGAUGGCAGAGCUACUGUCUCAUGGCAAUGACCGUGUGGUUCGGGCAAUGUCCGGAGCCUUGAGGAACCUCGCCAUUGACAACCGUAACCGUGAACUUCUCGGUUUGCAUGCGGUGCCUCAUCUUGUGGCCAACCUGCCUGGAGGUCAGAGUCAGUCUGGGCGCGCUCUAUCAGAGGAGACAGUGGUGUCUGUACUAAGCACGCUCGCUGAGGUGCUAGGCAACCGUCUGGAGGCAGCAAAGACCCUCCGAGCCUCGCAGGGCAUUGAGAGGCUGGUGCUUAUCAACAAGGACGGCAAGCGCUCAGAUCGUGAGGUACGGGGGGCCGGCCAGGUGCUGCAGCUCGUCUGGGCUCACAAAGAGCUGCGCCGGCCUCUUGAGAAAGACGGCUGGAAGAAGACGGACUUCAUGAUCAACCUCAACCCCAACACCAGCACCACCAACGGCCCAGGCACCCGAGCCAACGGCACCUAUGAGGAUAGCACCACGCCACUGCUAGACAGAGGGGAAAAGAGGGACAUGAUUCCACUAAAUGACCUCGGCCCUGAGGCCUACGCUACACUGGACCAGAGGGAGAGGAGACACACUCUGGAUGAAACCACAGACACUUUACCGCGAGGGGUGUAUGGGGGCAGAAAGGGCUCCUUGCCCCUGUUGGACUCCUACGAUGGUUAGCCCUCCCCCCUCCCCUCUACCCCCCUCUGCAUGUAACAAGCAUGAAAAACUGAUAGUGUGCAUCACCCAGACUGCGCCGUCCCUGCCCUACCACUGCUACUGAGGAGAGAAGAUCCAGAUGCACAGACUCUCUCCCUCUCGUCUCCCCCCUCCCCUCCCCUCCUCUCCUCUCCUCUCUUUCUCUCUCUAUCACCACACAGAUGGGAUUAGAAGAUGAGGGUUGGCAUCCAAAGAAAGUGGCUGUGUUGCAGGCGAAACGUUUCAUGCAACACACACACGUACAGAUACAUACACACCUACUUUUUAUGAAUUCAUUCAAUUGUAGCAACAUAAAUAUGUUCAGUUUUUUUUUUAAAUUAUAAUUCUUCUGUAAAGGCAAUCACCUUUGUUGACAAUCAUUUAAUUCUGGUGUUGUCAUCCUACUUGUUUUUAUUUUUUUCUUGCUAUUGUCAACAUUUUGGUCAAUUCUGUCAUCGACAUGUUGCUGCCAACACCUGCAUCCUAAUGACGAAUUUGUACGUAGACUUCUAUGUAGGGUAUAUACUGUAUAUAAAAAGAAAGUGGGAUGACUGCAUUAGUUUUGGCUCAUUAAUUUAAAUCGUCCCUUUACUGGGAUCGUUAUGACAGACGGCCCUGUAGAUUGAGAAUGUUGUUUAUAUAGGAGUUAUUUUCCUGUCUAGAGUUAUUUUCUCUUUGUUGGGAUGAGCACAGGUGUAGACAAGAAAGGGCAGAUGUGUGUAUAUUUGUCAUACAGUGAACCUGUGGCCGUGUGUGUGGAAAAUGAAUAUGGACCUUGGAGUGAGUGUGUUUUUGUGUGUGCGUGCACAGACCAGACCCAUAAGACCACAUUGAUUAUUUCAUUCGUUUAUGUUGUCUGUUUUUAUCUUGUGCUCCUACUCCUGUGACUAAGCAUCUUUUUUUAUUGUUAGUUUUUAUGUACCAACUGCCUCCUUUUUGUGUUUGAUACCUUUUAAUUUCCAGCUGUUUUUGUUUUGUUUUGUUUUUCUUUUCUGUCUGGGUUUAGCCGACCAGACCAGUACAACACAUCAAACGUGGUACUGAAAUGUGAAGCUGGGAACAUACACUACUAAACCACUAAAACAUGUUGACAUCCUGCUUCAGAAAUCAUUCCUGGCUCUACUGUAACAGAUUCACACUAUAGACACAAUCUGCUCUGCGGCUUAUUCUUCAUUUAGAAAGUCCAGGAGGGUGUCUUUGAAAUAAUUAUUUCCUCUUUAAAUCUGAAAAAAAAUAUCACUACUUACUUUUUUUGCAAUAUAGUCGUUCAUAUUGGCAUUCGUUUUAUUUAAAAAAAAAACUUAAUAUGGGAGGCUUCUUCACUCAGAGGAGACUCGAGUUUUAGACAAAUUGAGGAGAGAUACUGACGUUUAAUUUGGGAGGCAGACAAAAAGCACAUUUAGUGUAUAUGAUCAAUUUUGUUUUUACCUUUUUUCACUUUGUGUCUGGUUUGUAUUUUAUUUGGGGUUUGAAUGUGUGGGAGCGGUGGGGGAGAGCAUUAUGCAAUUUGUUCAACUUUUUAGUCCCAGUUUUACCGCCUAGUUGUUUUUAAGGCAAAAGAGACCAAUCAUCUUUGUUUUGUUUGUUUUUUUACUCUCCUCACACAGUAUAUUUGUAAUGUUGCCUAUCCAUGUAAAAUUAUGAUGUACCAUUCAUACCUGCCUUGGCUCUGAGAAGUUGCUUUUUUCAGUGAAGUAUGUAACUGGUAAUACUGUUUUUAUAAAUAAAGAUCUUUUCUUAGACAAGA